AUGAUUGUGAAAGGAAACAAUUACCCACAAAAUCAAGAUACAAUUCUUUUGAUUAAAAAUCCAUGGUAUCCAGAUUAUGUAAUUGAGAAGUUUAGAUGGAAAACUGAUUUAUAUGGUGACCCAUCAAGUUGGGAUUGCAGUCUGCUGAUCAAAAACCUGAAACAAUCCCACCACGGAGAGAAAUUAUACACAUGGAUUGACCCUGAAAAUGUUGGAAAGAGCACCUAUGCAUUUUAUGAUGUCACCUCUACAAUUCAAGUUGAUGCAAGUCCACAGCUGCCCAGCAUCAGUAUUUUUGGAGGUGAAAGGACAGGAGAUGCCAUCACAGUAGUAUGUUCAGGUUUCCACACGUGUCCAUACAGCAAACCAACCAUCACUCUGAACGGUUUAGAAGGAUCUGAUCAAAUAAAGGAUGAGUCUAUUAAAGACGGCCUGUGGAAAAUCACUCGGACACGCAAAGGUGUCGUAAAGACAGAACGCUUGAAUAUUCAGUGUUCAGUAAGACAUUAUGGUGGGAUAACGGUGACAGCUACUAAGGACAAAAGUGCAAAAUGUGUUCAUCAAAAAAUAACAAUUGAGCCUGAACUGGCAGAUGUCACUGAGGGCGUCGCAAAGAUAUUCACUUGUAGCGUCUACCAUUCCUGCCAGAAAGAGCCAACCAUCACAUGGAACUAUGAGAACAUGCCGAUCACAAAGGGAAGCAAAACACAUUCAGGUUUAAAUCGGGUCACCUACUCUCACAUAACCUUUCUGGGUGCAAAAGACGACCAUGGGAAGAAAUUGAUUUGCACUGCAAAUUUUUCUGGAGGAAAAGUUACAACCUCUGUUGUUUUACAUGUACAAUGUGUUCAUUAUAACAUAUCGAUUGAGCCUGAACUGGCAGAUGUCACAGAGGGCGUCGCAAAGAACUUCACUUGUAGCGUCUACCAUUCCUGCCAGAAAGAGCCAACCAUCACAUGGAACUAUGAGAACAUGCCGAUCACAAAGGGGAGCAAAACACGUUCAGAUUUAAAUCAGGUCACCUACUCUGACAUAACCUUUCUGGGUGCCAAAGAAGACCAUGGGAAGAAACUGACUUGCACUGCAAAUUUUUCUGGAGGAAACAUCAUAACCUCUGUUGUUUUAUGUAUACAAUGUGUUCAUCAUAACAUAUCGAUUGAGCCUGAACUGGCAGAUGUCACAGAGGGCGUCGCAAAGAACUUCACUUGUACUCUCUACCAUUCCUGCCAGAAUGAGAAUCCAACCAUCACAUGGAACUAUGAGAACAUGCAGGUCACAGAGUGGAACAAAACUCUUUCUGGUUUAGAUCAGAUCAUCUAUUCUAGCAUAACCUUUCUGGGUGCAAAAGAAGACCAUGGGAAAAAAUUGUUAUGUACAGCAAAAUUUUCUGGAAGAGACAUUACAGCAUCUGUUGUCUUAAAUGUGAAAUACCCAGUGAUCAGUGGACUGAAGACUAUUGGUCUUUACAUCUUAACACUGUCACUUGUAUUCCUUCUGGCUUGUAUCCUUGCUGGAGUCAUCAUAUACAAGAAGCAACAAAGGUCAAAAGAUGCAGUGUCAGGAAACAAGCCUUUCUCCAAACCUCGAAUGCCAUCACCAAAGAGUGAGCCAAAGUCCUACUCAGGUCAUGAUUCUGAUGCUGAAUACACCAACAUGGAUGAACUAAAAAAGUAUUAA